AUGUUGAGCUUCACUGAUUACAUUUGCUAUGAAUACCUUAAGACAACGAACUGGAAUGUUCAUAAUUUAUACUGCAAUCUCACGCAGACAGCCGACAACAUAUUAAGAUUUGACAUCCCUUCCGGAAUCAAUUGUCAGCUUUCUUCUCUGACGACUCCUAAUUUUGUUUCAAAAUGUGAGAUUUCAGCAAUGCCAAUCCUAAAUGGAUCUCUUUCAUACAUUUAUAGCAAUGUGGAUUUAGAUAAUGCAAAAGUAAAUCCCCUUACGGAACUCCAAAAAUUUUAUGAAGGAUACAGACAUGUUGACGUUCCGUUUAUACAUUAUCAAGGGGAACUAGAAGACUUCAAUCUUCCUAAGAAGUCUACUCUUCUUUAUGGAUGCAUCUUUUUGCCUUCUAAAAAAUUGGACGCCAUAUUUGCGAGGAGACUCUCCCCAUGGAGUCUAUUUUCUGUUUUGGCUACCAACGAGGUUGACGAUCCAAAUGGAGGAACUAUGUGCUUUCAAUGGCAGCAUGAUACUGGUAAGAGAAGUUUGGAACUAAUGUAUGAGACGACAGAAGCAAUGGUAGGACUCAGAGCCUUAUGGAAUUUAAAUUUAAAAGAAAACCAUAUGAAAAAACGGAAUGAUUCCUGCAAAAGCACUUCGAAUAUGUGUUGGAGUUUGGGCUUCGAAACAUACUAUGGCAUUUUGACGAAAUGCCCUGGUGCAAGUUUAGGAAUGCGACUGCAUAGCGGACCUUCCCAUCUUUAUUCACCCUUUAUUUUAACUUGUACGUUGAAUCCAAUUGUUGGACAUAUAACUUCGACCUUUUCGACGGCAGAACCACACGUGAAAGCGUUUAGUACGCAAUACGAUUUUAAUCUUUAUUCUUAUGAAAGUAAGCUUCAGAUAGGAACUGAGCUUUGGCGUGGCAAGUUCCUUUCCCGGACUGUGGGUGAAAAUAAUCGCUCAAAAAUCCAGUCAUGUACGUCGGUCCUGAAAUCUGUCCUUUCCACUACGGGUGAAAUUUCAUUACUUUGGCAGGCACGAAUCCGGAAUUUUUUGUUGACCUUGGGUACAACGGCGCACAUUACAAAAAUAGAUCCUCUAUAUUUUGGAAUUCAUUUAGAAUAUGCAAACUAG